AUGGAAUCCCAUUCUAUCUUGGAGAACUUUCUCCUAGCAAAAGCAGACCUUGAAAGUAUCAUACCUUUCCCACAAUUCAAGAAGGAGUGUCCUCCGGAUAUUCCCGAGGAGAGGGUUCGUGAAAUAUACGACGUGCUUGUCAGACAGCGUCGUGCCACAGUUGAGUCUGUGAGGGACAGAAUCGACCAGGAGUUCAAUGUUCCUUUGGAAGUAACUAAACAGAAGGCAAGGGAAUCGAACGUUAUACCAGAUGAUAAAGGAUCGUUGAACGAACUAGUGGGGAAGUUGGAAAGUUUGGAAGAGAGCUUCAAGACGAAUAAUGAGUUAAUAGACUCUGAGAUCAAGGAGGAGAUUGCAGAAAUCAAACUGAUAAUCGACGAGUUGAAUGACUUGAAAUACGGCAAGUCUUGGAUAAGAGGAGGGUCCCAAGCGGAUGUUUCUCUGUUGGUUCAGGAAACACUUAAGAGUAUUGCCAAAUGUGAAAAAAUGUUACCAUGA